AUGCAUAUAAGGGGAUCACUACUGAGAGGAAGUAAAAUAAAGCUGGGAACUGAUAGCAAGUGGGUGGAUUCAGGGCACAGUGAUAAAAACUGUGAUUCUAAAAAAGAGGAUGUCCUAAGAACUACUAUCAACCUAGGGCAGUAUGGUGAGUGGUUGAGGGUCAGUCCUAUUAAUGUGAAUGGGUCUAUAUCCUCUAGUGGUCCUAAUUCUGAUAGUAGGUCUUUUGAUAAGAAUGCUGAGAGAGAUAAUUCUAAUGGGCAGGAAAGAAGUGGCUUAAGGGAUAAGAGGAAUGAGGGGACUCUUGCUCUAGUUAAUGUUGUUAAGCAACCUGAGGUUAAUAAUGAGCUAGGGGGGAGUUCUAUGGAUGAGAGUAGAAUAGAUCCUACUGGGGGAAAAAAUUCUAAUAGUUUCCAAUCUCUGGAAACUAUCCCAGAGGAGGCUAGGCUUAUCUCAUCUAAACUGGUGGACAUUGAUUUUCAGCAUGGUUCUAUUGGGGCUAGGGGGAUUUUUGUUUAUGCUAAUUCCAAUCAAGGUAUUAGACAGCAGCAAUGGUAUUCUCUUCUUAGGCAUAGUUUAACAUGGGGUGAUUCUUGGUUUUUAGGGGGGGAUCUGAAUGAUAUUAUUGAUAAUCAGGAGAAGCAAGGGGGCAGUUGUAGGGAGGAGGGUAGUUUCAGAGGAUUUAAGAAUUUUAUUUGUAAGUUAGGAGGAGUGGAACCUGUUAUUUCUGGGUCUAAGUUCACUUGGUCUAAUAUGAGAAAGGGUAUGGACUUCAUUGAAGUCAAACUAGAUAGGUUUCUAGUUUCCCCUAAUUGGUUAUUGAACAAUCCCAACUCUAGAGUUCUUAAUAUUUCUAUGGCAUUCUCUGACCACAAUAUGCUUGUUUGGGAGUCUAAUUGUACUGUUGAAUCCCACAAAAAGAGAUUUUUCUUUUACUCAAGAUGGGCUAAAAUGGAGGGGUUCUCUGAAGUUGUUAAAGAGGCUUGGGCUGCACCAGUAGAAGGGCCUGUUCUGUUUAGUAUGAGGGGUAGGAUAAAAAAUGUGAAGAAAGCUUUGUUGUCCUGGAAAGGGGGUAAAAACUUCAAUGCUCUGAAUAUCAUUAACAACUGCAAGGGGGAGCUAGAUAGAAUGGAAGGGUUGGGUGGGCAUAGGGAUUGGGAUGAGAGAAUUCUGGCAGCAAAAGCUAGGGUGAACUGGUUAAAGGAGGGAGAUAGAAAUACUAGAUUUUUUCAAGCUAGUGUUAGGCAGAGAAGAACUAUGAAUGGCUUGCAAAAUUUAGUGAGAGUGGAUGGGAGUAGGUGUGUUGGGAAGCAAGAUACUGUGGAAGAAUUAAGUGGAUAUUUUGAUUGCUUGUUUAAAUCCUCCAAUCCUUUGGUAGAUAAUUGUGACCUCUCUGGUAUCCCUGUUUCUAUCACUAAGGAUAUGAAUAAAUCUUUAACUAGAGAGGUCAGUGAGAGUGAGAUCAAGACUGCCCUUUGGGAUAUGGAUCAACACAAAGCUCCUGGGUAUGAUGGGAUGUCCCCUGCUUUUUUCCAAACCUCUUGGCCUUCCAUAAAAACUGAAUUGUGUGAUGCUGUCAAAACUUUUUUCCAGAAAGGUAAAAUGCCUAAACACUUGAAUCAUACAGUGAUAACCCUCAUCCCAAAAAAGAAAAUUCCUCAAUUUUUGCCUGACCAUAGGUUUAUCAGUUUAUGCACUGUUGUCUAUAGAAUCAUUGCCAAAAUCCUUGCUAACAGGCUGAAAAAUGUGUUGCAUCAUUGUAUUGAUCAUGCUCAGUCUGCAUUCAUUCCUGGUAGACAAAUAAUUGAUAAUGUGGUGAUUGCUAAUGAGUGUCUGCAUUUUCUAAAUAGCAAAAGAUCUGGCAAAGAUAAAUUUAUGGCUAUUAAACUUGAUAUGGCUAAAGCUUAUGACCAACUUGAAUGGAAUUUCUUGGCUAAGGUGCUUAACAAAAUGGGUUUUUGUGCUUGUUUCACAUCAUGGAUCCUUGCUUGUGUGUGCUCAUCUUCUUUUGCUUUUAAUGUGCAAGGUUCUGUGUUGCGUUAUGUCGUUCUUACAAGAGGUCUGAGACAAGGUGAUCCCUUGUCUCCUUACCUUUUUGUGCUCAUUUCUGAAGCUUUGUCUAACCUAAUCAAACAAGCUUGUCAACUGAGAUUGUUUUCUGGUGUUAAGAUUGGUAAAUUUUCCCCUUUGUUUCCCACCAUUUCUUUGUUGAUGACUCUAUUGUAUUUUGUAAAGUUGAUAUCCAUCAUGCUAAUCUUAUUCUUGAUAUUCUCAGAAAUUAUGGAGAUGCCUCUGUGGAGUCUGAGGGGAAGAUACUUUUCAGUUGGCAAGAAUGUAAUGAAAGAGCUGGAGACAAUGUAG